UUUUUACCAAAAAAAUAAAUAUGCUCAAUAAUUUGCGUGUUUCAAUCAAAAAAAUUAUUUAAUUAAUUAAAUUGCGUGUAAUUUUGUCUUUUUGAUUUUUUUUUUCUAUAAAACAAACUCAUUGGCCACCAACCUCAAAAAAAUAAAGACUCUGUUUUUGUGUGUUUGGAUUCUCUUCUCUUUGCUCCCAAAUUUCCAAUUUGUAUAUUCUUGCUUCUUUCAAUCAAAAUCCAGUUCAUUUUUCCCAACUGGGUCUUGUUCAAUCUCUAUUAGGAUUGUCAAUUCUACGUUUCUGAAUUUCAAAGUUUCUUCCUUUUCACUUUCUGGAUUUGGGUUUGUUUCAUUUCUCAUCUGGGUCUCCAAUAGAAUUUGAAUUUUCAGGGUUUGUUUGGUUAAUCUGAAAUUUUCAAAAGUUGAAAAGUGAAAAACUGAAAAUGACAAUAGGAAAUCUUGCACCUAAGACAGAGAAGAAGAAAUCAUCAUCAAGAAAGAGCAAGAACAAGGCUAUUGUUAGUGAAAAUACACCUUUGUUGCCCAAAAGUCAAGCCCAUGAAAGUGAUUCUGGGUUUGAUGAUUUCAAUGGAGCUUCAUUUUCUGGUGCUGUUUUCAACUUGGCAACUACAAUUAUUGGUGCUGGAAUCAUGGCUUUGCCUGCAACCCUGAAACAGUUGGGAUUGGUUCCUGGUCUUGCUGCUAUACUCAUCAUGGCUUUUUUGACUGAGAAGUCAAUUGAGCUUUUGAUUAGGUUUACAAGGGCAGGGAAAUCUGUUUCAUAUGCUGGUUUGAUGGGUGAUUCCUUUGGGAAAUAUGGAAAAGCUUUGGCACAAAUUUGUGUUAUUGUUAAUAACAUUGGUGUGCUGAUUGUUUACAUGAUUAUUAUUGGUGAUGUGCUUUCUGGAACAUCAUCAAGUGGAGAACAUCACUAUGGUAUCCUUGAAGGAUGGUUUGGCGUGCACUGGUGGACUGGACGGACAUUUAUUGUCCUUCUUACGACGGUUGCUGUAUUUGCACCCCUCGCAAGCUUUAAGCGAAUUGAUUCGUUGAGAUUCACAUCUGCACUUUCCGUUGCACUGGCGGUCAUUUUUCUUGUCAUUGCUGUGGGAAUUUCUGUUGUGAAGAUUAUAAGUGGAGGCAUUACCAUGCCGAGACUCUUCCCAGCUGUUACUGAUGCAACAUCAAUCUUUAACCUAUUCACUGUGGUUCCUGUGUUUGUGACUGCUUAUAUCUGCCACUACAAUGUUCACAGCAUAGAUAAUGAGCUCGAGGACAACUCACAGAUGCAAGGCGUUGUACGUACUGCCCUCGGUCUAUGCUCAUCCGUGUACUUAAUGAUAAGCUUCUUUGGUUUCCUUUUAUUUGGCGAAGGAACUCUUGAUGAUGUGCUUGCCAAUUUCGAUGCCGAUCUUGGAAUUCCUUUUGGUUCUUUGCUCAACGAUGCUGUUCGUAUUAGCUAUGCUGCACAUCUCAUGCUUGUAUUUCCGGUUGUCUUUUUUCCAUUGCGACUCAAUAUAGAUGGUCUUCUCUUCCCUAAGUCAAGACCUUUGGUUCUAGAUAACUUCAGAUUUGCAUCAAUGACUGUUGCCCUUAUCGGUGUUAUCUUCCUUGGAGCAAAUUUCAUUCCUAGCAUUUGGGAUGCUUUCCAGUUCACUGGAGCAACCGCUGCAGUUUGUAUAGGAUUCAUCUUUCCAGCUGCCAUCACACUUAAGGACCGCUACAACAUAGCGACUAGAUCGGACAAGAUUCUAUGUGUUGUUAUGAUUGUCCUUGCAGUCUUCUCAAACAUUAUUGCUAUAUACAGUGACGCCUAUGCAUUGAUCAAGCAGAACAAUACUUCACGUGAAUGAUGGUCGCAGUUCUUGACGAAAGGAACUGAAUUGGUCGGGUAAGUUUGGUCAGUCAGAAAAUCAGGGUUUUCUGAGAGGGUCUCAUGAGUCGUCGAUUUUGAAUAAACAUAGAAGCUACCCUGUGUACAAAAUUGCUUCAGAAAGUGUUGAGGCCUGCAACACAUUCGGCCUCGUUUGUAUUUUGCGAAUUCCGUUAUAUUUGUUGUUAUAUGGUUCUUGUUGAGUAAUACUCUCUUUCCCUGAUUUGUUCAAAAAGAUGUAAUAGAACUUUUUAGUUGGCAUUUGUAUGUAUUGUAUUGAGUGAAGGAAUGUACCAUGUAAGAAUGGUUUAGUUCUUGAAUUGGACAAGAGAAGAAAAUUACUAUAUUUUUGAAA